AUGGCAGAGAGUUCAGUUAAUUUUCUGCUAGAGAAACUUGGAACCAUUUUCAAAAAUGAGGUACAGCUGUUGGGAGUAUUGUUGGGAGGGGUCCAAGAAGAAGCGAAUAAUCUUCAAGGAGAGUUCGAAAGAAUGAGGGCCUUCCUGAGAACUGCAGAUGCAUUGCAGGAAACCGAUGAGGAAGUCAAAGUUUGGGUUAGGCAAGUCAGAGAUAUUGCUCAUGAAGCUGAAGACAUUCUAGAUGAGUUCACUUUGCUCCUCGGACAUGAUCAUGGGGAUGGAAUCUAUGGUUCUCUAUGCAGAUUGAGUUGCUGUAUCAAGAAUGCAAAAGCUUGUUAUCGUAUUGCUUCCCAAUUACAAGCCAUCAACUCCAGAGUCAAGAACAUUUCAGAGGUUCAUAAGAGACUCCAACACAAAUUCAUCAAAGCCGAACAAGGUCUGGGAUUUGACAGUGUGGAAGAUACAUGGCAAGACCAUCGAGGAGAUGCCCUUCUUCUAGAUAAUUCUGAUCUUGUUGGCAUUCAUAAGCCCAAAAAUCAGUUGGUGGGGUGGCUGUGUAAAGACACUUCUGGGCGCAUAGUGGUUUCCUUGGCUGGAAUGGGAGGAAUAGGGAAAACCACCUUGGCAAAACAAGUAUAUGAUGAUCCAGAAGUGGAAAAACAUUUUGAAGUGCGUGCAUGGGUCACUGUCAAUCGAUCCAUCAAAUCUGGAGAGCUUCUCAAAGACAUGGUUCAACAACUCUCCAAAGUAAUCAGGAGAAGAGUUCCAGGAGUAGUCGCAAACAUGGACAAUAGUCAACUGAAGGCAACAAUCAAGGAGCUGCUACAGGAAAGGAGGUAUCUGAUUGUCUUAGAUGAUAUAUGGCACCUAUACGAAUGGGAUACUAUUCAACUUGCACUGCCUAACAACGGUUGUGGAAGCCGAAUCAUGCUCACUACAAGAAAUGCAGAAGUAGCCUCUAUUACUCGCAUACUCUCUGAUGGUAAGACCUUUGUAAUAAAGCCCGUAACUCCAGCAGAGUCUUGGGAUCUCUUUUGCAGAAAGGUAUUUCAACUGAACAAAUGCCCUCCUCACUUGCAGGAUAUUUGCAAGGACAUUUUAAGUAGGUGUGAGGGGCUUCCACUUGCGAUUGUCACAAUUGGUAGAGUUUUGGCUACAAAAGAUGAAAGACGGAUUGAUGAGUGGGAAAUGGUAGCCCGCAGCCUUGGGGCAGAAAUUGAGGGUAAUGACAAGCUGAAGUAUUUAAAGAUGGUUCUUUUACUCAGCUUUAAUGAUUUGCCAUACUUCCUCAAAUCCUGCUUCUUGUACCUGAGCAUCUUUCCUGAGGGUCAUUUGAUCGAACGAAUGAGGCUAAUCCGGUUGUGGGUAGCAGAGGGGUUAGUUGAAGCAAAAGAGGGGAGAACACUGGAAGAAGUAGCAGAUGAUUAUCUCCAUGAACUCUUGAACAGAAGCCUAAUACAAGUGGCUGAAACUAGUUCUGAUGGAAGGAUCAAAACAUGUCGGAUCCAUGGGUUUUUACAUGAGAUCAUCAUCUCAAAGUCAAGAGAUCAGAACUUCACCACAGUUGUGAAAGAAAAGAGUGUGCCUGUGCAAUGGUCUGAUAAAAUCCGCCGCCUAUCAAUGCAUAACUCAGUGCAAUAUGUACAGAAAAACAGACUUCUUAAUGUCUUGGACUUGCAAAAUGCCUCUCUAAAUGUUUUCCCCGUUGAUGUUUUCAACCUUUUCUUCUUGAAGUACCUGAGUUUGAAAGGUACCAAGGUGAAAACCAUACCAAGGUUCAUUGGGAAGCUUCAGAACCUGCAGACCUUGAAUCUUAAACAUUCUCUGGUUACCGAACUCCCUUUUGAAAUCUUGAAGCUCAAACAUCUACGUCAUCUCCUGGUAUAUCGUUACAAAUCUGGCCCUUAUAUGGACUUUCACACAAAAUAUGGUUUCAAGGUACUUGCGAAAAUCGGGGCUUUGACAUCCCUUCAAAAGCUCUGUUUCAUCAAGGCAAACGAAGAUGGUGGUGCCAUAUUAAGAGAGCUGGGGAACCUAGUUCAGCUGAGAAGGUUAGGCAUUGUACAGAUGAGGAAAGAAGAUGGAAAAGUUCUUUGCUCAUCGAUUGAAAAGCUGAACAAACUUUGUGCGUUGUCCAUAACUUCAGUAGAAGAGGAUGAGAUCAUUGAUCUGCAGCAUCUUUGUUCUCCUCCUCUACUGCAGCGCCUCUACUUGCUAGGACGGUUGGAGACAAUACCUCGCUGGAUUCCUUCUCUGCAUAGCCUUGUCAGGUUAUAUCUGAAAUGGAGCAGGUUGAAGGAUGAUCCGCUUGUAUUCCUUCAAUAUUUGCCCAAUCUGCUACACCUCGAACUAUCUCGUGCGUUUGAAGGAGACACAUUAUGCUUUGAAGCUGGAGGGUUUAAGAAGCUCAAACAUUUGGGUAUCGCCGAAUUUGAGGGGCUUAAAUGUAUACAGGUCCAGUUGGGAGCAAUGCCUUCAGUGAAAAAGCUAAUUAUCAAGCGCUGCAAAUUAUUGCAGAAGGUCCCAUCAGGCAUUGAACACCUGAGCAAGUUGAAGGUUCUUGAAUUUGUUGAUAUGCCAGAAACAUUAAUCGAAACACUACGUCCACACGAGAAAGACAAUGACUAUUGGAAAGUCGCACACAUCACGGUUGUCUGUUUCACCUACUGGACAGAGUGUGGAUGGGUGGUCUAUCCUCUAGAGGGUUUUAGUGAAGUAGAAAAACUUUCCCCAUGA